AAAAAAAAAAAAAAUUAAAUACCGUUUUUAGUAAAAAUGUCAUCAAACAAGCAUGCUAUUAAAAUUUCUGAGAGCAGGUUCUCAAUUUUAGAUGAUAACGAUGAUGAUACUAGUGAUAACGACAAUAAGUCCAAAGAUGUUGAAAAAAAUAAUAUAUCAAAUACAGUUAAAAAUGCAAAGAAAAAAGCGAGAAAGAAAAAAAAAGCUGCUGCUGAACAUAUCAGCACAAAUGAAAUUCGCAGUUUAGCAUUUACUAAACCAGUAUCAGCCAAAGCAAUACAGACUUUUAAUCAAUUACAUCAUUCUUUACCUCCGAAUCCCACAGUUAUAACAAAACCUGCAACUGUAUCUAUUGACAAUGUUAACCCUGAUUGGGAACAUUGGAAAGAAAAAGACAAAGAAUUUGUUGUUGAUCAGUUCCAAAAAGAUCUUCAAACAGCAUUGCGUUUAAGUGAAAUUGAGAUAAAGAAUGCUAAGCCUGUUCCAAUCAAGGUGAAAAAAAAGAAUAAAACCUUGUCACUAGAUGAGUUUUCAAAUAUAUCAUUUACAACUGAAACACCUUUGAAGCAACCUUUACCUACAAGAACAAUCUUAAACGGUUAUUGUCCUGAAGAAGUGGAUCCACACUACUUUGAACGCGAGAUUGUCCAAGCUCCUGAGAUUGUUCAAGCUCCUGAUCAAACUUCUAUUAAUACUACUAAUAAUACAAAUAAAAAAAAGAAAAAGAAAAAGCCUGCUCAUGUCGGAAGUGUCUUACCUGACUUGCAUUUUGAUGAAAAAAUAGAAGAUAAAAAUGAUGUUGUUCCUUCAAUAGAUAAAACUCUUUACGACUUUUUGAGGAAUGAGUUGCAUACCAAAGAUGAAGAAAUCGCAAGAUUAAACAAUACGAUUGAAACAUUUAAAGAAGAAUUAAAUGAAGUGAAGAGGAGAAACAAACAGUUGUGUUUUAUUCUUGGAGAAGGAGAAAUGAAAGAGAAAUAUGAGAUAUUACUACAAGUUGAACAGCUAACUGUUGUAAAAAACGAACUUUCUGAGCAGUUAGCGGAAAUGCAUGUAGCUUUGGAGCAAGAGCGUUCUAAAGUAUCUGCGUUAAAAUCAGAAGUCAACAAAUAUCAGAUUUCUCGUACCAAAACAAAAUCAAUAUGUGAAGAAAAGUAGAUUUCUAUAUAUAUAUAUUAAUAUU